AGUGAGCAGUUCAAGAGCUAGUCGCGAGAAGAUUGAGGUAUAAUAAGAAGCCACGUCAUGAAAACUUGACUGAGGAAACAAACGUUCGUGAAUAGUUGUUGUAAUCGAAAGGGAAUUAUAACACAAGGGGUAUCGUCAGUCACCACAGGACUUUGGGACUGUUCGUUUGCCUUUAGGCAAUUCGUUGACUGUGGUCGUUUUGCCAAGAUCGUAUGGAAAGAUGUCAGAUAUCGGGGACUGGUUCAAAACAAUCCCGUUCAUCACCCGGUACUGGUUUGCUGGGUCGAUUGCGGUUCCCUUGAUAGGUAAACUGGGACUAAUCAGUCCCAUGUACCUCGUCUUAUGGCCAGAGAACUUCUUUCACAAAUUUCAGGUAUGGAGACCAAUCACCUCCACCCUAUACUUCCCUGUGGGCCCUGGAACAGGCUUCCUCUACCUAGUGAAUCUUUAUUUCCUCUACCAGUACUCUACCAGGCUGGAGACAGGUGCGUUUGAUGGGCGACCGGCUGACUUUGUGUUCAUGCUGCUGUUCAACUGGAUCUGCAUCGUUAUAACCGGCUUAAUGAUGGACAUGCAGCUCCUGAUGAUCCCGUUGAUAAUGUCGGUCCUGUACGUGUGGGCUCAGCUGAACAGAGAAACCAUAGUCUCCUUCUGGUUUGGGACACGCUUCAAAGCAUGUUAUCUACCCUGGGUCAUCCUUGGAUUCAACUACAUUAUUGGGGGCUCUGUUGUCAAUGAACUGAUUGGGAACCUGGUGGGCCAUCUGUACUUCUUCCUGAUGUUUAAAUACCCCAUGGACCUGGGAGGCAGGUCCUUCCUGUCAACACCUGACUUCCUGUACCGCUUCCUGCCCAACAGACGAGGGGGCGUGUCUGGGUUUGGAGCUCCACCCAGCAGGAGACCUGCAGCUCCUGAGGCCGGUGCUGGUGGUGGUGGUGGAGGUAUGGGAGGACGUCAUGCCUGGGGAGCUGGCUUCCGUCUAGGGGACGACUGAGACUGUCCUACUGAGUAGCAGGACAAAGACUCUUGUCUCCACAAGACUCUCCACUCCUCAAGACUACUGCCGAUGUCCAAAUUGUGCAGAAGAAAGCAGAUUGUUUUUGUAUCUAACUCCCGGGUAGAAAUGAUCAGCAUGUUAUUCUUUCUUUCAGUGCUCUCUUUUACACAAGAUGCCAUAUCUGAUUACACUGUAAUUACAGGGCUCCUCCUAACCAGUGUGUUGCCUCAGCCGCAGCCAGCCUUUUCAGAGCGUGGGUUUGGCUAUUUAGAAAAGCAUUGUUCUGGGAGAGAACAGCCGAGCACUAAGGACUGGAUUCUCUUUGCUCCUCUCUCCUUAAAUAGAAGACGGGGUAACAGCAACACACACGCUGGCUGUGUAGAUAGAGGCUCAUAUAUAAUAACACAAAACAAUAUAUCUUCUUCACCCCCCCCCCCCCCGGGUCUGUGCUGUUGUAUGAUCGCACCACCACACUGAAUGUUUCUGUUUUGAAUGGGGGAGUAGGGUCGAAGUUGUGGAAAAAAAUUCAAAUCUUCAACAUAGUAUAAAAAUUCAAUAGUGAUGCAACAAUGCAGUCUGUUAUGAGAGAAAUGCCUACAGUCUGUGCUCCCAGUAGAUUGCUUUGGAUCCAUAUAAAAGUGCAGUGUCAUGGUUCUGUUUCUCCUUUGGUUUAGCUCUGCAACAUGGAAAUUAAAUGAAACUGCAAGAUUUCAUGAAUACCCCCAGUUGGUGUGAAAUGGGUAUCAAUUGUUUUCACGAUGAGUGAUUUUCAGUCAGAAGAUGAUCCAGUCUAAAUAGCAGCACACUUGUCUUGAGGAUGAAGAGUUAUUCACCAGGGUUGGGGUCAAUUUCAAUUCAAGAAGUUAACUGAAAUUGUUUUUCCCCUCAGAAGCAUUGAGGAAAAGGAAUUUCCAAUGGAAUUGACCCCGACACACAUGUACAGUGACCCUUGACCUUAUACCAGAGGAUGUCUUUUUUUUUGGCUGGGUCUGCUUCUCUAACUUUUGUACUUGAGUAAACAGAACAUAACUUCUCAGUUUUGUUGCAUAAAAACAUCUUUGAACAUUGUA